GAGAGAGGAGUCUCUUGAUCUAUAUGUGUAUUUUCGCCGCUGCCCACUUCGUGUGUGGUUUCGUCCCUGUUCUUCAUGUUUUGCUCACAUUAAUUAAAAGGGGGGCGACUCGCUUAUUUUCUCUUUUGGCGCCCUCCCAUUUCUCGACAAUUUCACCCCCAAAAUUCCCUCUCCCCUCGGUGUUCUUCCACCGCCCACCGCUUCAGAUUCUUGAAGAUUUAUUGCUUCCAGUGUCUAAUUGGUAACCGCCAUACCUACUGUUCAGGCUGAGUUGCGCUCCUUCGGUCGGCGCAAUGGCAUCCGAGCAACAGCUUUCCGCAAUUGAGGGCGCGAAAGUGCUCAUGGUGGGCGCCGGAGGUAUUGGCUGCGAACUUCUCAAAACCCUCGCGCUGUCAGGUUUCAAGGAUAUUCAUAUCAUCGACUUGGAUACCAUUGAAGUCAGCAACCUGAAUAGACAGUUCCUGUUUCGACAAUCACAUGUCGGGCAAUCAAAGGCCAAAGUGGCUCGUGACGCAGUUCUGAGAUUUAGGCCUCAUAUCAGCAUUAAACCAUAUCAUGCAAACGUGAAAGAUCCUGAUUUCAAUGUUGACUUCUUCAAGCAGUUUAAUGUUGUUUUGAAUGGCCUUGACAAUUUAGAUGCCAGGAGGCAUGUGAACCGCCUCUGCUUGGCGGCUGGUGUCCCAUUGAUUGAAAGUGGGACCACUGGUUUUCUUGGACAGGUUACAGUUCAUUUAAAGGGUAGAACAGAAUGCUAUGAAUGCAAUCCUAAGCCAGCACCCAAAACUUACCCUGUGUGCACUAUCACAAGUACCCCAUCAAAGUUUGUUCAUUGUAUCGUAUGGGCAAAGGACCUGCUCUUCACAAAGUUGUUUGGGGACAAGAAUCAGGAUAAUGACUUGAAUGUGCGUUCCAGUGAUGGUUCCAGCUCAUCAAACCAAAUUGAAGAUGUUUUUGAGUGGAAGGAUGAUGAAGAAAUUGAAAAUUAUGGAAGGAGAAUAUUUGAUCAUGUUUUUGGGUACAACAUUGAGCUGGCACUGUCAAAUGAUGAUACAUGGAAAAAUCGUAAAAGGCCAAUGCCUAUAUAUAGCAAAGAUGUAAUUCCUAAUGAACCCAUCAACCAGAAUGGAAGUCAGGCUCAAAACUCAGUACAUGGAGAUUCUCUUUCAGCAUCUGCUAUGGCCUCGUUGAGUCUGAAAAACCCACAGGAGUGUUGGAGCUUAAAGGAGAAUGCAAUGGUGUUUCUUGAGGCUUUAAAAUUAUUUUUUUCAACUCGCAAAAAGGAGAUUGGUAAGUUAAGUUUCGACAAAGAUGAUCAACUGGCUGUAGAAUUUGUAACUGCUGCUGCAAAUAUCAGAGCUUCUUCAUUUGACAUCCCUUUGCAUAGCCUUUUUGAGGCCAAAGGUAUUGCUGGCAACAUUGUACAUGCUGUUGCGACAACAAAUGCCAUCAUUGCUGGGUUGAUUGUGAUUGAGGCUAUUAAAGUGCUGCAAAAUGAUAUUAAAAACUAUAGGAUGACUUACUGCCUGGAACAUCCUACAAGAAAGAUGCUUCUUAUGCCAGUGGAGCCGUUUGAGCCUAACAAACUGUGCUAUGUCUGCUCGGAGACACCUCUCACUCUUGAAAUUAAUACACAUCGAUCAAAGUUGAGGGAUCUUGUUGAAAGGAUUGUGAAGGCCAAGCUUGGAAUGAACUUGCCACUGAUCAUGCAUGGUUAUGACCUUCUUUACGAGGAUGGUGAUGGUCUUGAUGAAGACGAGGUUGCCAAUUAUGCAGCGAACCUUGAUAAGGUACUGUCUGAGCUUCCAUCUCCAGUAACAGGUGGAACAAUUCUUACUGUUGAGGACCUUCAACAAGAAUUGAAAUGCAGUGUCAAUAUAAAGCACAGGGAGGAGUUUGAUGAAGAAAAGGAACCAGAUGAAAUGGUCCUCUCUGGCUGGACUCAACCUGUGGCAGUGGAGAAGAACAACAAGGCACCUGCCGACAAUGGCACAAGCACAUCCUCCACUGUUCCUGAAGCUGCACAUACAGUGACAGAAGAAGAAGAUGAUGAUUUGCAAAUCCUUCCCUCCCAACCUGGGAAGAAACGUAAGCUGUCCGAAGUAUCAUCCAGUGAUGGUGGUUCAGAUAAUGCUGCUGCUGCUGCCCCUGAGGCCAAGAUGAGACGAAAAGCAAAAGAGGUGGUUGAUGCAGAAGAUGAGCAUGCAGACAUGGUCAUGCUUGAUGGUGAAAAUAACAGCAGCAUCAACAAGUAGUUGCUUUAGCUAGCACAGGAAGUACAACAACUUUCCCUAACCUUGUAGGAGGAGGAUACAAAGAAGAUGGUAAUUCUUUUUGGUGCUUGUAAUAUUUUUAUUUGUAGGUGGUAUCAUCUAUCUGCAAAAUUUUUGAACUGGACUUUUUUGAUGGAUCAGCUUGUCUGUCUGUCCUAAUCUGAUGAUGCCAUGGUGGUGGUGGUGGUGAUUUGUAUUCCAACUCACUAAUUUAGGUGAGAGAGAUAAUGUCAGUGUAACUUCUGCCAAACUAUUCAGGUUUGAAGAUCAGCAUAGCAUAGCAUAUAUUAGAAGUGUUCUUGUUUUAGACUAUAUGCAUAUCUGCACUUCAAUUUUCAUUUUCAUAUUUGGUUUCUAUUGGAAAAGGUUUAUAGCCAAUUAAUAGUGUGCAAUGGUAGCUUAUAGUAAUAGUAAUAAUCUUGUCCCGUAGAUGGGCUGGUGGCGUGGGAGUUGAAUUUGUGAUUAUAUGUAGAACUUAAUUUGUAGAGUAUUUCAUGGUGGGAGUUGAACUUGAACUUAAUUUGUAGAGUAUUUUAUGGUGGGAGUUGAAUUUGUGACUGUAAACCUGUCACGUAUGGUUAUAUGACUUAUUUGUUCAAAGGGUAUUUUAUGUGAAGAACCUAAUUCAUAGAGUAUUCCCCAUACGUGGGAGUUGAACUGAACUUUUGACCUUAUGUUGAACCUAAUUAUGGUUAUGUGACUUAUCUGUUGAACCCUAAACCUAAUUCGUAGUGUAUUAUUAGGUCGGUCUAGGCCUAGUGCGCAUCAUAAAAUAAAAUUAAAAAAAUAGUAAUAAUCUUGUGGGGGUGUGUAAAGUUGUUUCCCUCAAGAUCAAAACUAGGCAAGGAGAAGCAUGGCGUGGGCCACAUUAGGCCCAAUUCACCUAAAUCACAAUGUCAUAUAUUGAAAUGAAACAAGGGUUUUUAAGAAGCUUUUAUAUGUGUGUGAUCCUGAUUUAAGAUUUUGACUAUAGCAAUGUUAGGUACACAAAUGGAAUAAUUACUUUGAUGGCAAUAAGAGAAAAUAGUAAAUAAUAUAUACACACAGCAGCAAGAACGAACCGACCGAACGCCUAAGAAAAGCGCACUCAAAACCCUAACAAUCUAAUAGCAACAGCAACAAUAAAAACACUGGA